GAUCGGGACACUGGGGACGGUCGGAACAAUAUCUCCACCGCAUUGGGCGCAGACCGACACCCGAGUGCGCUCAGUGCAACGACAUCACAUGCCCGGCGGGUCGAUGUCUCGUCUGUGGCGAGGCCGCGGACACCCCGGCGCACGUACUACUGGAGUGCCCGUGCCUGUUCGGCCCCCGCCUCCAAGCGCUGGGUAACAUCACAGGCACGGCCCGAGACGUACAGCGCGACGACGUGGUGGCGGCCUUGGCCGCCGGCUACGCGGCCCACAAGAGCCGCGUGGCUCCGUCACCGCCUCGGCGGUGACCGGGAGGAACAACAACAACAACAACAACAUAUCAUUCCAGAUCAAUUUGUCAAGUUAUAUGUUACCUAUCUUCCCUUUCUGCACACGAUUCAGGUUCAGACGCAAGAGAUCUGUUUAGGACUUGCUGUCUUGCCAAAGUCUUGCCUACCUAAGCCCAAAUAGUUGCUGCUCUGAUAGUGGAGAAAGCAGCUGGUUCUGUCGGUGAGACGUUCGCAUUUUUAUUUGCUAGUCAAUAUUUGUUGUGUAAGUGGCGCAGCCGAGACAAAAUAAGCUGGUGAACUUUGUAAUAGGGUAAUAGCCAAGGCCCUAUAUACCGUAAUAGCCCAUUUUUCAAGUAGGGCAACUGAGCUGUUCUGCGGGUUCAAUAACAAAAAUUCAAAAAAUCAGGUGAGAUCCCCUGCCAUAUAAUCUGCAGUGAAGUUAUUUUCAGUGGGUUGUGACAAGGCAGUAUAUACCGGUUGUGAAAUGUGAAGACUUGCACUGACAUGUUCAGACACAACACCAGAGACGAGACUCCGUGGGACGCACAGAGUCACAAGGAUGGUUUUGUCUCGUGAGGCACAGAUCCUCCUCUAUGUGCCAAAUUUGAUUGGCUAUAUUCGGCUGGCAUGCCUUCUAGCCAGCUGGUGGUGCUGGGCAGAGCAGCCCGGACAGAUGGUGCUGUUCUACGCUCUACAGGCCACUCUUGAUGGUGUGGACGGCUGGGCAGCGCGCCGGCUUCAACAAUGCUCCACGUUUGGUGCCUGGCUGGAUGUAGUGUUGGACAAUGUGGGUCGAACCAUGCUCUGGUCGGUGCUGUUUGACUGGGGGUGGCUCGUCGCCUGCCUCGAGUGGCUGUGCUUUGUCUGUAACAGCGGCGCCGGCGGCCAGUGGAAGGCGGCCAUUAUCGCCGACGGGCCGCCGCUCUGUCGCUGGGUGAUGGCCGACGGCUUCAAGACGCGCUGGGGCGUGCUGGCCAUCGGCGGCCUGCACGUGCUGCCCAUCUGGCUGGUGGGCAUGCGGCGCGGCCUGUUCGCGUCCACCAGUGGCCCACUCGGCUGGCUGCCGGCGCCGCUGGUCGUGGCGUGCCUGGCGCUGCUGGUGGUGGGCCGACUGCUCUGCGCCCUCGUGGAGCUCUGGUGCAUCCUGGCGCACGUGCGUGCCAUGCUGCGAGAGGACGCCGCCGCCGCCGCCAAGUGAGGCGCUGACGAGAUCGGCAGUGCCUGACCGUUGGCCGGAGUCACUGACCUGGGACGCUAUUAUUGGGUGAAUAGAUGUAGCUUUGUUAUGCUGGGAUUGUUA